AGCAACUGUUGGAGGUGAUGCCGUCUAAUCUGGAGGUCACCGUUUCUUAACAAAACCAAUGCCAAAGGGUACUUAUUCACAGCCAAAAAUUAUGCUCAAGGACUGGUGCACUCCCAAAAGAGAAGUCGAUACAACAUUUAGAUUGAGGAGUAAAGAAUUCAGUAGAUCAGGUGGAAAGGUUUGCUGCUUCGGUCACAACUUGCAAGGCAGUGCAGUCUCGACAAUGUAGUGUUUAUUUCCGAACAAGCGGCCGGGGAAUGACAAAGAACACAAUCUCGCAGCCGAGCAAAAACCUCUUUGUCUUUGUAUUUGGACAGGAGCAGCAAGUGCAGUCACUCUUAAUGAAUUUCCGGGAAGAUUUAAGAUCUUGUAUAUAUGCAGACUCCUCGACCAUUUUCCAAUCGUUUCUGCUGAAUAGUGGACGUAGGGCCGUCAUCAACAACACAAAGACCAUAAUUGAGAUCACGAGAAACGUUCGCAAAUCAUUACUUGCUAUCAUGUCACUGCCCUGGUACGAGGUGCUGCGUGUCGCACAGAAACCAGUCAACGCAACCUUGACGGCCGCUCUGCGAAGAACAACAAAAACCAAUCGAAACCUCGAAAGGAAACAGCGAAACGGCAAAUAUCAGCAAUUGCCUCAGCACGAGCAGCACUGCCACCGAUUCUGCCCAAGAGGUGGGAACAGCACAAACUUGACUCCUCAUUGGACAGGGUCUUCUUCCGAUUGCAUUCCAGUCAAGUUGAUGGCCAGCACUUGGAAGCUAUGAUCCUGACCAAAGACGCUAUCAAAGUAUGAUGGAAGAAAAUCCUCAACAUUCAACUCGGAAUCGACGCCUAUGAGGCGGUGGUUCCCGAGGUCGGGGAAGACAUCGAUCGCUGCAAUGGCUUGAUCCAGGAAGAAGGCUUGGAGGAGGCCCAAGGGGGCCAGGAAAAUCGCAACAGA